GAGCGCCAAGAUUAAGGAAAGUAUCUGAUUUGUACUGUGUGCACGUCAAAAGUAUACUUGUGGGGCUUUUUGUGUUCCUCAUCAAUUGCGGGAAAUUUUUCCGGGAGGCCUCCUCCUUGGAGGCCCCCGGAUAUUCCACUGUUUACUCACAGCUCCGAGAAUUGUUUGCCGUUGACUCAUGUGCGAUUCAAGUGGAGAAAUAAAUUCUGUGCCGUUGUUGAUCUUUGAUGGUUGGACCCAGUUGAUACAUGGUUAGUUCUUUGUUUAAUGAGUUUAUUGGUCAAGCAGUGCAUCUCAACACACACAUUUUUAUGUUUUGUCAAAACGACUAAGAGGAAACUAGAUUAGCAAAGUUGAAUACCCCAUUUACUCUUUCAUUCUCAACCAUACCAAGCCACUUUCAUAAGCCAGGGAAGCUUUCUUUUGUGCCUGGGAUGACCCAUUGUACCCUUUGGUGAUGAUAUCAUCAUAGUGGUAUGUAAUUUUGUCUCUAUUUUACAUUGAACCUCCAUCAUAUCCCCAACAUAUAAAUAUGGCACUGGUCUGCCCUUUUACCUUUCCAUCUCUCUUCAUACUCUUCAAGGAAGCUCAUCAUUUACAUCCACGCUCAUAUUUCUCUCUCAUCUACAAUUGCCCAUUAUCAAAGCACAUCUUCCACCAGCAAAAUUUGUCAAAGUUCAUAAUCUACAUUACAAAAAAUCUUAAUCAUGGCGUCCACCGAUAUUCUUUCCCAUACCCUCUCCUCCAUCACUUCCAUCAAACUCGAGGAGAUUUCAACCCAGAGAUCUGCAUUCGAGCAAGGCAAGUCGGAACUUCUUAAAACCGUUUCAGAUCAGCCCAAGCAAAGUGAGAAACUCCGCAUCUUACUAGAUCGUAUUGAGAGUCUUGCCUCCAUGGGAAAGCUCAAGGAUAACAAAUCUAUCUCGUUAUACAACAUCCGGCUAUUUCUUCAACAAGCUCAACAUGACCCAUCCGUUUCAGAAGGCCUCCUGAAAGAUUGGCAAGAAAAACUUGAGAAGGAGCUCGACGUUCAUUCGUUGAAAUAUGAAUACGCCUCUUUAUAUGGACGACUUGUCAAUGAGUGGCUCUCGGCCUCGGAAGAAAAGACGGCGUCUGAUGGCGACUUUGAGAGUAUUGGUCGAGAGGAGAUGCAUGAGCAGCGACAGAAAUGGGAAGACUAUGUUUUCAAUCCUCUAGAAACUGAUACUGCUGCUAUCGAAUCAUACCUCACCAAGCUUUUUACCUCGACCUCUGACAUCAAGAAUGCUUGGGAAAAUCUACGACUCCAGACCGCUAUCUUCGAAAAGGAGAUGGAAGACCAAGUGCACUUUGACGAAGACUCUUUAAAAUGGGUGAUUAACGGCCUCCUACGCAGUGAUCUUGUUACCGAUGAAAAGCGUGCCAUUCUUAAAGACUUCCAAAGCAACAAGGUCGUCCUCGCUGAAGUCGCUGACGUUCUGAAUAUGCGCAUAUCCUCACUCGACAAGUGGAAAUGGGGCUCAGAGGGUACGACUGUCGAACAACGCCGGCAAGUCAACGGUCGUUACCGAUUUUAUCAUGACGAAGAUCUUCUACAAUCCAUUCUUCUUCGUUAUCUCGGGGUUAAAUGGUCCGUAUUCUUCAAAAGCAAGCUUACCGAUUUCAAAAAUUCCCACAAUGUCUGGGCUAGCUCCACUACACAAGUUCCUAAAGCAGACAAACACAGACGCGAAUACUUCUUUAACCAAACUUGUAGCAAUCGUGGAAACGUUGAAGCUAUCCGAGAGAGCCACUUCGAUUCUGAAAUUUUUCUCGAACAACUACAACAUUCACCCGAGGAACAACGAGGCGGCUACAAUGACGAUGACUCUGAAAACGAAACAGACACUCGCAAAUCCCCUCAACAAAUCACACAAUCCGUGCUUCACACGUUGGCCACAGAAAUAAUAAUGCAAACUCGUCUUGGCAACCCUGUGACGGUAGUUCGUUCCGAUUUUGCUUGGUUUGGACCUUCUCUCUCUCACACAAGUAUGUUCUCAGUUCUAUCCCAUUUCGGUGUUUCCUCAAAAUGGAUAUCGUUCUUCCGUCGCGCUCUUGAAGCACCCAUGGUUUUUCCUUCCGAUGGACCAUCCGCCCCUGUUCGUAUCCGCAAACGUGGGACUCCAAUUAGUGGUCCACUGAGUGACAUGCUCGGCGAAACUGUUCUCUUCUGUCUUGAUUUUGCCAUGAACAAUAGAACCAAUGGUACACGUCUAUACCGCUUACACGACGAUAUAUGGUUCUGGGGUAGUGAAUCAGCUUGCGUAUCUGGGUGGAACGUCAUGGAAGAGUUUGCAACCCUCAUGGGACUUGGCUUUAAUUCUGAUAAGACAGGCUCCUGCACCGUAACUCGUCAUCCUAAUAAUAUCACCAAGUCUCCUUCAUCUCUCCCUAAAGGACUUGUUCGUUGGAAUUUCCUGUACCUGGAUCCUCUCACUGGCCGAUUCUUGAUUGAUCAAAAGCUAGUUGAUAAUCACAUCAAAGAGUUAAGUCUUCAACUGGACGCUUGCAAAUCUAUAUUCGACUGGAUUCAAGCAUGGAACAUCUACGGCUCCCGUUUCUUCACCACAAACUUCGGUCGACCGGCCCAUUGUUUCGGACUCGCCCAUGUGGAAGAUAUUCUCACGACCUUCUCCCGUAUCCAAACCCAACUCUUUUCCAAAACUGGUGGCUCCGUUACCUCAACUCUUAAAUCCAUGCUCCAUACUCGUUUUGGUGUUGAUAAUAUUCCAGAGGGCUACCUCUAUUUUCCCAUGUCCAUGGGUGGUCUCGACCUCAAAUCUCCUUUUGUGCCACUCUAUUUGAUCCGCGAUCAAGUUGAGGAAAAUCCAGAUAAAAUAAUGGAUAAGUUCUUCACAGACGAGCGUCAUAGUUACGAACGUGCGAAAAAGGAAUUCGAUGAUGGCGAUGCAUGGUCAAGUCGUCCUAAACAUGAUAAAGAACUCGACCUCGAAGGCUUCCCCUCGUUUGAAGAAUAUACACAAUAUCGGGAGCGCACAUCGAGAACAUUGUAUAGUGCGUAUGGCCAGCUGAGAGGCGAGCCAAAGGAGUGUGCGGUUGAUAUUAUGGUGGGAAGAGUGGCGCAGGGGGGUAAAUGGGAGACGAGGGGGAUGUCGAAUUAUCAGAAGUGGAUUUUGCAGCUUUAUGGGGCAGAUAUGGAGGAGAGGUUUGGGGGGAUCAAUGUUGUGGAAAAGGGAUUACUUCCUACAGGAAUGGUGGGAAUGUUUAGGGAGAGUAGAUUCAAGUGGCAAGGGUGAUGUUGAGAAACUGUGCUAAUGGAGAUGAUGGAUAAGUUGAGAGGACCGAACGAGAAUGACGGUUUCUCGUAUUUUGGGACUGGAGUUGGAAUAACAAGAUGUUCGUAGUAAAUACCACCACCACUUUGCAAUUGAAA